AUGGCAGCCAUCAGUCUUGCCAAACAAGCAGCAGCAGCUCUUUCUCGAGAAAAACCACGCUCUUCAAUCACGGAAUGGGUCGACAUACUGACCUCACCUGGGUAUGAGGACGAGGUCUACGACGGCAUACCAGAGUUGAUCGAUUCUAUCAACCUCCAAGCCGCCACUGGUUCUUCAGAGGCAUCGAGAGCCUUGAGGAAGAAGCUUAAGCACGGCAACGCGCACAAUCAAUAUCGGGCUCUUGUUAUUCUCAAAGCGUUGGUGGAGAACUGCGGCACCAAAUUCCAAACAACAUUCGCCGAUGGCCACUUCACCGACGCUAUCAAGCAACUUUCCACUGAUCCCUCCACUGAUCCCAAAGUCCGGAAGAAACUCAUUGCCGUGCUUGCAUCGUGGCAUAACCAGUUCAAGGACGAUCGUAGCAUGACCAUCGUGGCCGGGCUCUACCGACAGUGCAGACCCGAUGACAGCGCUAAACGGCAAUCACAAUUGAAUCACCAGGCGGCGCUGGAGAGAGAGUCCGAGCACGAGAGAAAGCGGAAGGAGGAGAAAGCUGCGAAGGAGGACGCGAAGAGGAAGGCACGGAUGGAGAAAGAAGCUGAGAAGGAGCGAAUAAGGAAAGCGGAGGAGGACAGGAAGCGGUCGAAGAACAAGCCGAAACGAAAGCCCUUUAACUUCGAAGAGGAGAAACCUGCCGUACUGACAGCAAUAGCCAAUGCUUCCUCUGCAGCUAAUAACCUGGUCAAUGCCAUCACACUUGUCAACACGGAACACGACAGUCUGCAGUCGAACGAGCGGGUACAAGAAUGCUUAACGAAGACAAAACAGGCCCGAAAGCAAAUCGUUCGCUACAUCCAGCUGGUUGAAGAUGAAGAGUUCAUCGGGACGCUUAUUGAAACAAAUGAGCGGAUUAUAGCCGCAAUGCAGUCGUAUGAUACACUAUCUAAUCCUGCUGUCACUGAGAAGGACGUUGCCGAAGUGCAGGAGGGACUAGCUGCCGCGAACAUCAACGACUCGGAAGUCUUGAAAUUGCAGGAGAAACAGCGUGCCGCAGUAAUGAGAGCAAUGAAGCGUGGACGGGAGAAGGACUCUGAAACGGAUGAGGUACCGGCACCCCAUCUCCAUCCUGAUCUACAGGAUCUCAGCUUUGGUACUUUGGGAGCGGACCAAAGGAAUUUGCCACCUCCCAUCCGCCCAAAUGCUCAUUCCUCAGAUGAUGAGGAUUACCGCCGUGGUACCCUCUCGGACUAUAGUGACUAUGAAUCCUCUGACGAAGAUACCCACAAUCAACGCGCCGGACCUUCCUCGGGUGGCCGACGAGACUAUGGCGAUGAUUCGGACAGUGGACAAGAUGCACACAAGGCCGUGAAGAACGCCGAUGAAGAUGACCCCUUCGCGGACCCCUUUGCAGACUAA